CCCAAAACCCCGUUUGUGCCCCGGGCCUGUCACGUGGACCGCCCGUGCCGCUUUUGCACACCUAGACUAACACACGCAAAAAAAAGAAGAAACACAAAACCACAAAUGGGCAACACGCCGACCAAAGAAGCGCGUCCGCGGCUGUCGUCUCUCCUGAGUUUCGGCACCGGCCACUCCGCGGUGUCCGGGGCCCGGAACCCCCGCCGCCACACCAUGCUGUCCUCGCAGGCGGCGUCCGGCAAGGCCGGCGGCAAGACCGAGGAGAAGCUCCGCGCCAAGGAACAACACGCCAUGGCGCUCGUGGUGCGGUUCCGCGAUAACGCCGACGGCGGCUACUUGGCGCCGUUCGGCACGUACAAGCUGAACCUCGACUUCGACACGCAGGUCGUGCGGCGCCUCGUCUUGGAGCGCCGGCUCGCGCCGUUCUACACGCCGCUUCAGGACUUUGACGCGUCGUGGACCGACGACGAGCUCGUGGCCUUGGUGCGCCAGAGUCCUCUCCACGCGUUGGACGCCGCGUACGGCGACGACGACGAGCCCGACGACUUGGAGGACCACAAGAUCCGCCGCCCGCUGAACCUCCACAAGCGCCAGGAGCAGAGAAAACGGCUCCAGGAAAUGCUUGCCCGCGUGGCCGAGCAGCAGCGCCAGUGUGAGUCCGAGUACCUCGACGCACGCACCGCCGCGGGCGCCGCGGACGCCGCCGACCCCGAUCUUGCCUCGCGCGACUUGGUCUUGCGGCUCUACCGCGGCGCGGCCGAGUGCCCGAUCUGCUUUCUCUACUUCCCGUGCCCGCUCAACUACAGCCGCUGCUGCCGCCAGCCCAUCUGCACCGAGUGCUUCGUGCAGAUCAAGCGGCUCGACCCGCACCCGCCUCACGACGACGCCGCGCUGCCGCUGCCCGGCGAGCUCCCCCACACGCUCAUCUCCGAGCCCGCCCACUGCCCGUACUGCGCCAUGACCGACUUCGGCGUCACGUACGACCCGCCCGGCGACGUGCACGUGGGCCGCGGCGCGGCCUGCAAGCCCAGCGAGUACUCGGAAAAGUCGCUGAUCAAGUCCAUCCCAGAAGACGCGGAGGAGUCUGUGGAGUUUGUCGACGGCGCCGACCCGCAGGCAAGGGCCCCGCCGCCCGCCAGCCCGCGCAAGCCCAGACGCAGGUCCUCAGUGGCUGCGGAAUCGGACGCGGUAAUCACCACCGACGCCAUCCGCCCGGAAUGGGAGCUGAAACUUGCCGCUGCCAAGAGCAGGCUCGCCAGGAAGGCCGCCGCCGCGAGUGCCAUCCAUGCGUCGAACUUGAUCAUGAACGACGAAGGCUCGUCCUCGCGCAGCAGGGCGGGCCACAGCCCGCGCUAUUACAUGUCUCUCGAGGACCGGAUGAUGGAGGAGGCGAUGAAACUACUGCUUUUGGAGGAAGAGGAGCGAGUGGCCAGGGCCCAGCGGCUGAGGGGGAAAUAGAGAACGGCGCCGUGCGCGGCCGCCGUUAGGCACGGCCAUGCACGAUUUAGUCAUGCUUUCGGCACCGUUGUUAUAGAGUUUGUGCCACACCAC